AUGACGAAGGUGGCAAUAAUCGGUGGAGGUCCCAGUGGUUUGACUUCUGCUAAGGCUUGCCUUGAGGCGAAUCUGGUUCCCACCGUGUUCGAACGAGACCUGUGCUUGGGUGGGCUGUGGAAGGCCGGCAGUGGGGGGCGCGUCUGGAGUUCGCUCAAGACUAACCUGUCCAAGCACACGUGCUGCUUUUCAGACUUCCGAUGGCCCGUGGACACGCCGGACUUUCCCUCGUCAGAAGCACGGCUCAGGCAGUACAUCGAGGACUACGCGGCACACUUCGACCUGGCGAAGCACGUCCGCUUCGGUGUUUCGGUCACCGCUGCCGUGCCCUGCCUCGCUGCCGAUGGUUCUCCGAGAUGGAACAUAACCUUCACCUCUACAACACAUCGCCGUUGCGCGGCAAGAGGAGACCAACGAACAACCGAUCCAAGCGUAACUGCGCAGGAAGACGUAGUCCAGCGAACAGAGACGUUCGACAAAUGCAUCAUCGCAUCAGGAAUUUUCUCAGAACCUCACUUCCCACCGGUGGAGGGGAUCUCGGAGGCGGUGGAGCAAGGCUGGGCCACGCACGGCGCGGCCUACCGGGACCCUGGAUUUUUCGGGGGAGAUUCGGUGCUCGUGGUGGGGUGUGCGUUCAGCGGGGCUGAGAUCGCCAGCGCGCACGUGGGAGCCAGCGCAAGGCGGCGAAGCGGGGAUGACUCAAGCUCGGACAAACGUGGGAGCGAGAAGCAUCCUGACAACCCCCGCUGCACGCAAGACACUCCUCCUCAUCUGGCUACCGCCAGCCCCAGGGUCCCGCUAGACCUUGCGCUGUAUUCUAGGCGGGCCAGAGCCGGCAGCAAGCUUGCACCCGCGUCGGAGAAGCUAGAAAGUUCGCGGAAGUUUCUGGUGGAGCUGGCAGGAAGGGACCCAGGGGACGCGCACGAGGCGUUACGGCUAUCGCAGGGAAGCGAAAACAGCCACGGCUCGGAGUCCGUGUCUGUGCGCGUUGUGGUCUCAGACGACUUCCUCGACCGGGUUCGGGACGGCUGCAUCGAAAUUCGACAAAGGUUGGUCGCUCUGGACACCACGGAAAGAACGGUUCGAUUCUCGGAUGGAAAGGUGGAGAAGGUGGACCACGUGAUUUUAUGCACGGGACUUCGCCCGAGUCUCGAAUUCCUGCCGGGAGACGUGCUGGGUCAGCUCGAACACGACAAGGGUGACCUCCUCCAGCCCCUGAUCCUCCACCUCCAGGCUUGGAACCCUUCCGUGCCCGACCUCGGUUUCGUCGGCGUGUACCGAGGCCCCUACUUUGGGGUCAUGGAGCUCCAGGCGCGGUGGAUAGCUCGCAUGUGGAGUGGUGCGGUGCCAAUGCCGACAGAGACGGAGAGUGCAGCAGCCUUGCAAGAGAGCCGGUCAGUAAGAACAGUGAUACCUCGGCCUCAAUUUCCGACGGACUACGUGGACAUGAUGGAAGGUCUUGCUGGGGUGGCCGGCUUGUUGCCAAGCAAGCGCAAAGACUUGUCGUCGUCGCCGUCUUCUGCAGUUUCCCCCGUCAACUGCCUGGGCGAGAUUGCCGAUUCGGAGGAAUUCGUGGCCAUGAUGCGGUCACAGCGCCCGCUGUCGGGUGCAAAAGGCACGGCGGGACGGGAGGGGGGGUCGGAGGAAGGGGACGCGAUAGGCGUGCUUAACGAGCGGAUGUGGAGCGGGCCCCUCCUCCCUUGCCACUACCGCCUCCAACACCUUGACGGGCGGGCGUCCCCCUGCGAUACCACGAACGUCGAGGGUAGUGCAAGGGCGGUUGAUUUCUCCAGCCGGGCGCACUGUACGAAAAGCAGGCAUGAGGUUAUGCGCGAGGCCAUCGCAGAGAUUGGAGAGGUCAACGCUAAAUUAGAGACAGCGUACAGAGCUCGCACUUUUCCAUAG